GGCGCGCGACUCCUCUCCUGGACCUCCCUCGCACGGCCCUGGGCCCAUCACUUCUGAGGCUGCUGGAUCAGCCAAGAGGCAAAGGAAGAAGAAGCACAGAGACUGAUUGCAACACAUCUAGCACAUCAAAGGAAAAAGCAGGCCUCCUCCAGCUCUCUCAUAUACCAGCGCAUCUGCUCAUCACACAUUCUCUUAGCGAUACGGGCUUGUCUUGAGACACUCGUCCAGUCGUACUCUGCUCUAGCACCUGCAAGACCUCUAACAACAUGGUCUGCUGUGGGAGCAGCCAGUGGAAGCGUGAAGAAAAGGUCGACCACCGCUUCGACUUCAUCGACAUCUGCGACUUUCAUACAGGCUCAUUCGGCGCGCGCAUUGGAUACCUGGCGAUUUGGUUCGGCAUCAUACGUUCAUUUGCCAUUUUGGGACUAGACAUCUACACGGCCAUUGGUCUGCUCAUCCUCAAUACAAAUGCGCAAGCCGUUGCACAACAGACAUUCAUUGCGCACGACAUAACAAAGUGGAUCUUCAGCGGCUGCAUCAUCCUAUCUGUCGUCCUCCUUAUCUGGGACUGGAUCGUCGCGAUACGCAUCAUUCGCAGUCGCAACAUUUCCUUUGCAUUCACCAACCUCAUCGCGAACAGAUGGUACAGCGUCAAGGGCUACGACUACCACUGCUUGUUUCACAAGCUCUCCGCAACGGAUCAGAAGUCCGACUCGAUGGCAUUCUGGGUCUUCUUUAGCUUCAUUGGCUGGAAGCGUUUGAUUUUGUCUGAAGGACCUAGACAGGCCAUCAAUGCCAUGACGGUCUUUAGCGUCCUGAGCACGCGCAACUUUUCCUUCAAACCAGAAGCUUACGAAAAUAUCACAUACUUCCAGUGGACUGUGUUGGGCUUCAUGGCCCUCUCACUCAUCAUCUGGCUCUUCUCCUUUGUGCGCUUCUGCUUGGCUGCACUGCUCUUCUUUCCCAUUCUAUGCCAUAUUCGUGGCGGCCUGACGGAGUUUGUGGUCAGACGGAUCGACAAACGCAUUGAGCGUAUCAUGGAGAAGGCACGCAGGAAGAGACUCGAUCGCUAUGCACGGACGCGUGCUGAAGAGAAUGGCAGCAUACGCUCCGGUAAGGUGGGCAACAAGAAGGAUCUGGCACGCUCCAAGUCACUACUGAGAGAAAAGCCAACAUUGCCUCAACUCAUGAAUGAUAUGGAGAAGGGACCUCAAACACCAUUGCCAGUUGCUAUGUCACGCUCGACGAGCGAGAGUGGCAGUCUUGCAAGUAGCGCUUCGUCUACCAAGAAGGACGCUUAUAGGCCCUCACCACCUCCACUUGUCAGAGACGACUCUUUACCAAUGUACAGACCACAACAAAGCGGAGGCCCUGGCGACGCAUAUCCCAUGCGUCCCAUGGACCAUGCACAACCUCGCUUUGCACCAGCGCACGCGUAUGCACAACCGCAAAACACACACCCGGCAUUCCGUGGACCACCGCCAGGUGCACGACCUGGCAACAUGCGAGCACCAACAUAUCAUCGUCAAGCAAGCUAUGAAGCGCCUUUGGCGGCGAUCACGAGUCCUGCGUUGCAACAUGAGCCAAGACAGCAACAAUCUUGGCAGAGUCGUUCUCAGCCGCAAUUGAGACAGGCUUCAUUGCAGCAACAGCAACAGCAGCCACGCAUGCCUGCUGGACCAUAUCCAGUCAUGUCACGAAGCGCAUCACAUCCUGCAUUGAGGGAUGAUGCAGGUUUCCCUGGACAGACGAGACGACCGAGUUAUGGCAGUCGCCCGAUGCCAUCUCAACAGCCGAUGCAAGGACGAGGACCUUACCCACCGCUUGGCAAUGCACGGCCGCAUUACUAGCAUGUUAUGAGAACCGUCGUUAUCUCUAUCUCAUUUAUAUCAUCAUAAAUAUCUAGCGACAGUUUUGUUUAUCCUUCCAUCAGGCAAAAUCAUUCAUACA